ACUGUCUCACAGCGGGGGAGUUUUUGCUGAGAAAGAAGUGAUGAGUGCCAUGAGGAACAGGCACACAAGGAAAUCUCAUUUAGAUCCCGAGAGCACCUGCAACACACUGCAAGAGUUUUUAAAUACUUACUGCAUGGGACUGUUUAGUGACUUCAUGAUUUUACUGCUCUGAAUUGAUCGCCAUGGUCAGAUAUCAUGCUCAGGUUGGAGGGCAGGGUAGAGAGACAAGACUGAAGGUGCCACUUCCUGCCACAGACUAGCAUUGCAUGCCAUAGUGUUGCUCGUCAGACGGAGGCUCAGUGGCCUCAACACAGCCUUUGGUUUUUCCCAACUGGCUGAACUCUCCUAGCCAUCUGGACCCCUCGGUGAAUCCAUCAGGUUGUCUCUGCACUGCCCUCCUCCUUUUCUUUCCGAGGUCCUCAUCUCCUUCUCCCCUUGCUGUCAUGCUUUGCCAUACCCACCUUUGGAUGGCUCCCACCAUUCCACAUCGUCCACUCUACUCCCAGGCUACUCAGGGAACUGGAAGGAGGCACAAAGCCACGCUGGUUAGGCCUGCUCCCCAUUUAUUGCACAUUCUCCAUGGGGCCUCCCCUAGAGCAUUCCUCCCUAAUUGGUUCAUUAUCCCCAAUACAAAAAGUGACUCUUCUCUUGUCCUCCUUCAAACCUCCCAUGGCUCUCCCCGUCCUACAAUGUCAGGUAUGUUUAUCCAUGUCACUGUAUCGUGAUUACUGUGAGGGCUGGCACGCUCUUCAAUACUGGGCGGUCACAGACUCAUGGGCUCCUACCCUCCUGUGCCCCAUCAAUGAGAGGUACCCAGCCUGUGUGGGAAGACUGCAGGUAGGGGGAGGCAGCCGUGGUGGGAGAGCAUUCCUGCCAUCUAAACAGACUUGUGACCCUGUAAACUCUGCUGAUUUGGAGCCAGGUAAAGUAAGGGCAGUGUCUCUGACACAUAGCAGGCUGUGGGCUGUUGGAAAAUCUUGGCCUUUGGGAUCGCUGUCCCAGCUCCUUCAGGCAGUCUUCAUGUCAUACAAUUUCCAGGCUUCUUAUCUUCCUGCGCAGUGCACUGAGGACAUACCCACCUUGUCACUUGGAUGCCCAGAACUGAGCACAGUGCCCUGGUGGGCCCCGGCCAGGGCAGGUCAGAGCAGGACCCUGAUCACACCCUGAUUCUAGACACCACAUCCCUAUUAACACAAUCUAGAAACUUUGAGGGAAAGGACAGAACCCCUCCCACUUCAGCGCUAUAAAGGUGCUCUCCUUACACUGACACAGAUAGCAGCUCCCUUCACCCUGUAGCAGAAGUUCUCAGGCAUUUCUGUGGCUAAAAGAAUCCACCAGCCUGUCACUUAUCCAGCGAUGACCCUCUCUGAGGGGUCCAUCUAGGCUGGUUCCUCAGGCAUCUGCAAUCAUCCCCCAGCCUUGGACCUUGCUGCCUGACCUCAGGCUUCAAGUGCCCCAAGUGGCCUCUGGACUGGGGUGAAGCAUCAGAGCGGGGCUUGGGGGGGGGUGGCGCUUCUCAGAGUAAGCAAACAAACAGCAACAACAAAUGCCCCACAGAUCUGGUGAAAUCUUCCCAGUUACACUCCAACAUAAAGGACACGUCGUCACUGUCAUCGUCUAUGCGUAUAUGUAUGUGUGCAUGCAUAUCAGUGUAUUUUACAUACAUGUGCAUGUGUGUGUUCUGACCUGUAUCCCACCAAUCAGCACCUGGUGUAUGUGUCUGCAGUGUAAGGGAGCCCUGAGGGGUCUCUGUGACCUGCCCAGCCUGUCGGAGUCAGAAGCCCUGCAGACUGACCGAGGCCAGCUCUCUCUUGGUGGGGCUCCUCCCCGGGUCUGCAGCAGGAGAGAUGGCUGGGGGACUUUGGCCAAGCAUUCGAUCUUCCACCCCCUGGAAGGUGCAGCAUUUCUUCCUUCAGAGGCUGUGACUCCCAGAAUGGGUUCUCUGAAGAUCAGCAGGGAUCCCUCACCUUGGGGAGAUCCCUUUGAGAAUCACCCCAGUGAGGUACUUAAAACAGGAGAACUCAUCUCCAGAAGCUACUGGGAUACGCUGAGACGGAACACGAGCCAGGCCCUCUUUUCAGAUCUUGCCGAGCGUGCUGAUGACAUCACAAAUUUAGUGUCAGAUACUACGCUGCUUGUACACUUUUUUGGAAAGAAAGGAAAAGCUGAGCUCAACUUUGAAGACUUUUACAGAUUUAUGGACAAUCUGCAAACAGAGGUUCUGGAAAUUGAAUUUCUUUCCUAUUCCAACGGCAUGAACACCAUCAGUGAGGAAGACUUUGCCCGCAUUCUGUUGCGAUACACAAAUGUGGAAAACACAGCCGUGUUUUUGGAUAAUGUGCGCUACAAUAUGAUAGAAGAAAAGGGUAUCACAUUCGACGAAUUCCGGUCCUUCUUCCAGUUUCUGAACAACUUGGAGGAUUUCGCCAUUGCCCUGAACAUGUACAACUUUGCAAGUCGCUCUAUAGGGCAAGAUGAAUUCAAGCGUGCCGUCUACGUGGCCACCGGCCUGAAGCUCUCGCCCCAUCUGGUGAACACCAUCUUCAAGAUCUUUGAUGUUGACAAAGAUGACCAGCUGAGUUACAAAGAAUUUAUCGGCAUCAUGAAAGAUCGGCUGCAAAGAGGAUUCCGGGGCUACAAAACGCUUCAGAGAUACCCAACCUUCAAAUCCUGCCUGAAGAAGGAACUCCACAGCAGAUAGGUACUCCCCAGGGGCUGCGUAGAGGAUGAUUGCCCUGUCUGAGUGACCUGGUCAGACUUGCCAGAGCAUGCAGAAACCGUUCCACAGUCAGAAGAUGCUGAGAUAGGAAGAGGAGAGAUGAAAACCUUCAGGAACAACCUGGUCUGUUUGUCCUCAAUCUGUGUCCGCAGGAGCCGAGUGCAGGAGAUGCCCAGCCUGCCAGCCGUGGUUCACUGACUCGCUCUCCAUGCACUUCUUCCCAUUCCCUUCUUGAGGCGACAUGAAGUUUAAGGAGGAUCGGCUGAGGAGCGUGGGGAAGACGCAUGUCCUUCGUGUUUGUCUAUUUAUUUAUUUACUUCCGGGCGAUUUGCCCAUCAAGGAAAACAACAGGUGCCUCGUGGACUAGGGGGCAAUGAAGGAAGAAGCGUCUGUGGGGUCUCAGGGAAGGGCACUCACUCUUUUGGGUGGCUGGUGCGCGUCCCUCGGGCCCAGGUCUCCACACACAGGGGUUGAGGUCCAUGCUGGUCAAGCCUCGUUCUAUCCUGAUAAGCCUCGGCCACGAGCUGUGAUGCACCGUGGACUUUGAGAGAGCUGCAUGAAGGGGUCUCGUUGUGGGAAUCACAAGAAACCCUUGUGCUGCCCCACCCCCCCACCUCCCAAUCAUGCCUGUGUGCCUGACAUCCUAGCUCUCCAACGAGCCCUUGUAGUGGUCAGGGCCUCUGCAGCAUGCUCCUGCCCCCGGAGGCAGGUUGUCCUUCUGUCCUGGACUGCAUGAAAAGAACUCAUUUCUGUUCAGGUUAGAGUUAGCCUAGAAUGAAUACAAUUUGGUUGGAAAGAAUGUUUGUGUCAUUCUAUUUAUUGGUAAUAAAUUAUUCUUUCUUGGAAAAGGACCACAUGUAACAGCAGGGCCUGCAGCAGGGCCCACAACAAGGUUGUUUUUAGGUAACCACUAAAAAUCUAGAUGUAGGAUUUAUUAUUCUUAAAACAAUCUGCCUUUAAAGGACAGAAGAGUGAAUCUCUUUUAAGAACAAUGAAAAUUCACUUUGCAAACAGAAGAAAGAAUUUGAUGCUUCUUGAUUGAUUAUUUCAAGUCUGUUCAUUAAUGAAAUGCUCCCCCUUGAUCACCGUAGAAAAAUGCCACUGAAAGCUUUGCAUGCUGUGUAAGAAGCUCCUGUGAGAUACUGUCUUAGCUCUGGGGUGAUUAGCUCUCCAGAUUUUGUGUUGUUUUCAUAGAUGAAAAUCUGCAAUGCCAGUUUUACUUUUUAGCCAUUAACUUCACUUUAACUGUAAGGAUUUUAUCAGGGUGGUCCCUUCUUCCACCAAUCCAGAUGACCAAUGGCUGGCGCUCUGACUUUGGCUAGCUCCCUCACCCAGAGCUUGCUGUCCUCUGCACUGGUCUAGGAAGGGGCAAAUCUGAAAUGUAAGGGUCCCCUUGCUUUGGUUCCACUUGCACAUUUAAAAUAUAAUUUGGGAAUUUGGUUCAAGGCCUAAGGAGUGAAUGAAAAGCUCCUGCUGUUCCACAUGAGGUGAGUACCCCUAGGUCCAGCUUAACUUAGAUGAAGUUGUUCCCAGUGUUAGCUCUUGGUGGGAAACAUGAUGCUGGGUAAGGCACCCCGUGGCUACUCUGCCCCAUGCCCGAGAGAAAGCCUGGCCUUUGGGCAGUGUGGCCCACGGCAGCAGCCCCCGAGCCAGCCCAGAAGGCAGAGCAAGCACCAGUGAAAUCGGCUCUCUGUCAUGUCUCACCGCAAGGAAGGAGAUGAGUGUCUGUCUGUGUGUAAGACUGCCGUGUAAUAUACUAUGUGAAUAAGCAAAAUCCUGCCAGAAACCUCAGGAAAGGCUAGUCUUCUGCUGAUUACAGUGUAUCUCUGUGUGCUAGCAACACUUGCCUCUAUACAAUCCUUCAUGGAAAGAUUGCCAUCAGAUCCCCGUGUCAAACCCUAGCAUCGCGUUGGACAGAACUCCCGGGUUCUCAAUGUCACGUCAUGAAAUAAAAGUCUGAAGUGACGUCUCUGAAUCACC